CGAAUUGUUGGAGGUGUCGAUACUGAGAAAUGCGAAUAUCCAUGGAUGGUUCGUCUUCAAGUUGGUAACUCAUUAUGUGGUGGAACUAUUAUUGAUGAGACACACAUCCUUACUGCUGGACAUUGUAUCGGAUCUAAUACACCAAGCGAUAUUACAGUUCAUGCUGGUGAAUACGAUUAUAAUGUCCGGGAUGGUCAAGAUGUAACUCAUACCGUCAAAGCUAUUGAUGUACAUGAAGAGUAUGCGGAAUUCCCCUCAGAAAAUGAUGUUGCCGUACUGACACUGGAUGAACCACUAGUAUACAAUGAUUGUGUUCAACCAAUUUGUUUACCAAGUGCUGGAGAUGGGGCUGCUAUUGAGGCUGGUACACAAUGUGUUGUUGCUGGUUGGGGAACUACUUCCAGUGGAGGUCAAACUUCGAAUAUCCUAAAAGAAGUAACAGUACCAACCUACAGUGGUGCUGACUGUGCCUCGGUCUUCUCUCAGACCACUCCAUCGAACUCAGACCUUCAACUGUGUGCUGGUCGACCAGUUAUUGGUGGAGCUGAUAGUUGUCAGGGUGAUUCAGGUGGUCCAUUAUUCUGUCCAGUAAAUGGUCAAUAUGUACAGUAUGGUAUUGUAUCUUAUGGAGCAGGAUGUGCUGAUGCCGGAGCAGCUGGUAUUUAUGCUGACACUAGUGCUAUGUUAGAUUUUAUUAAUCGAGUAACUGGAGCUUAA